UUACAAAAUACACGCACCUUAUACCUUUUAGGAACACGAUUUUGUCUCAGUGUAGCAACAGAGCAGAGAAUAUAUACCGAAAAAAAUUAAAACAAAUUGCAAUGGCAGCUAUGACAACGAAAAUGAAAGCAAAUUCAAUUAGUUUAGCAACAAACAGUUAUGUACAUAGUUAUGAGUACUAUAUAUGGGGCCUAUGUAUUUAUAAAUCGGAAAAAGCGACUUGUUGUUGUUGUUGCCAUGCUUUUUGGGGGCCUGUUGCUGUCGUUGCUCUGCUGUCGUUGCUCUGUGCUCAGUUCCAUGCGAGGCGUUGAGUGGAAACGUGCCUGCCGAGUAUAGAUUCGCAUUAAGUAUACGCCGCGUGAUGCCAGUUUUUUCGAAAAUAUUGUCGCUGACCGGCUGCGCAGGGAGGCAGCAGCUGCGGCCGUACAGCGCGGCAGCGCAGUCCCAGCUGCGCGAGCUGCUUGGCCAACAGCUGAGCGGCAUCCAGGAGGCGGGCACAUUCAAGGCGGAGCGCAUCAUCACCUCGUCGCAGAGCACGCAGAUUACGGUGCAGGGCAGCGAUCAGAAGAUACUCAACUUUUGUGCGAACAAUUAUCUGGGGCUGGCGAACAAUCCGGAGAUUGUGCAGUACAGCCAGCAGCUGCUGGCCAAAUAUGGCGCAGGCUUGAGCUCGGUGCGAUUCAUUUGCGGCACUCAAGACAUACACAAGCAGCUGGAGCGGAAGAUAGCGCAGUUCCAUGGACGCGAGGAUACCAUAUUGUAUGCGUCCUGCUUCGAUGCCAAUGCGGGCAUCUUUGAGGCCAUACUCACACCAGAGGAUGCCGUCUUCUCGGAUGAGCUGAAUCAUGCGUCCAUCAUUGAUGGCAUACGGCUGUGCAGGGCCAAGAAGCAGCGCUACAAGCACCGCAAUCUGGCUGAUCUCGAGCAGCAGCUGCGCUCGACCGAUGCCCGUCUCAAGCUGAUUGCCACCGAUGGCGUCUUCUCCAUGGAUGGCAAUAUAGCGCCGCUGGCACGCAUUGUUGAGCUGGCCAAGAAAUAUGACGCACUGGUCUUUGUGGAUGAGUGCCAUGCGACUGGCUUCUUUGGUGCCACUGGACGCGGCACUGAGGAGUACGACAAUGUCAUGGGCGAGGUGGAUAUUAUCAACUCAACGCUGGGCAAGGCUCUGGGCGGCGCCUCCGGCGGCUACACAACGGGACCAGCAGAGCUAAUCUCAUUUCUGCGACAGAAAUCGCGGCCAUAUCUCUUCUCCAACACACUGCCGCCGGCGGUGGUGGCCGUGGGCUUGAAGGUCAUGGACAUGCUGCUCAGCUCCAGCGAAUUGACUCAGCGCGUCCAGAGCAACACCCAACGCUUCCGCGAGGCAAUGACCAAGGCCGGCUUCACCAUUGCCGGCGAGAAUCAUCCCAUCUGCCCGGUCAUGUUGGGCGAUGCGCGUCUCGCCUCCACCUUCGCCGAUGAGAUGCUUACGCGCGGCAUUUAUGUCAUAGGCUUUAGCUAUCCGGUGGUGCCACAGGGCAAGGCACGCAUCCGCGUCCAAAUCUCAGCUGCUCACACCGAGACGGAAAUUGAUCGGGCUAUUCAGGCAUUUAUUGAGGUCGGUCGCUCCCUGAAGGUCAUCAAAUAAAUGAUACUAUUGUCAAGUAUUUUUGUGCUGCAUUUAUAAUAAAUCCAGGAAUUUUGUUGGAUUUACCAAACC